AUGCCUGUCUCGACGGCUGCCAAGCUCGCCUCCCACAUAUGGAGGGGUGCCGCCCAGUCGGCCGCCAACGCUGCCCACACCUCCGCCAGCACCCUCCGCAGUGCCUUCCAAGGUACCGCAUCCAGCACGACAGGCGCCGCCGGCUCUUCGUCGGGCACCGCCUCAAGCUGGACCUCGGGCCUUAGCGGCAGCGGCAGCUCCGCCGGUGCGGGCACCGGCGGCGCAAAGUACCACGCCGGACGUAAUGCCCACUUCACCUACCAGAGCUCCGGCCGCGCCAUUUCGCAAGCGUCGUCCUCGAGCAACAAUGACAGCAACAAUGGGCGCAGCGACGACGACGACGAGGCGCGGAGGCACAAGGCGUACCAGCUGCGCCUCCGCGCCCAAAAGGGCUCGCCCUUGCGCGGGUCGGCCGGGCCGCCGAACCUGACCACGAUACAGAUGCAGGCACGCUUUAGGCACGCCUUCGCCGCCAACCGAGGCCAGAUGCUCAUCACCUCGGGAGAGACCGAGAGCAGCCCCGGCGUCCACAGCUUCUCGACGCAGGCCACCGCCAACCUAGCUGACGGCGCCGAGGAUGCAUCGACGACCACCAUGCACACCGGCAUCGCGCAGCUAACGCCGCAGGAAGAUCGCGCCGAUUUCGAGAACCCUGCGGGCUGGAGCUCGGAUGCGCAGGCACCCAAGGGCAAGCGCCCGGCCGACGCCAUCUACCGCCAGCUGAUGCAGGCCAUCCGUCGCAACGACAGCGAGGCGAUUCGCAGCCAUGUUUCAGCCUUCCGUGCACUGCCCAAGAACGAGCAGACCCUGUCGGGCUUCAACAUGGCCAUGGAGGCGCUCCUCUCGGUCACAAAGACCGGGGCGCUCACCCGCGAUAUCACCAACAUUUAUAGCCAGCUGAUCGAGAACGGUCUGUCGCCCAACAGCCGCACCUUCAGCGUAGUGCUGAGGGCGCUCUGCGCGAGGGACGUCGAGGUGCAGCAGAAGCUCAUCAGCAAAGCCAGAUUGGCCGCCGCCGCCGCCAACUCUGGUGAAGGUGCGGUCCAAGCCACCAAGGUCGAGGCCAAGGCGCUCGACAAGCUGCAAAGGGAGGACGACUAUCAGCAGGCGAUCCAGCUCUUCAACGUGGCCCACCAAAGCAACCAUGGCCUGCCCGAUGCCAACCCCUACAAUGCGCUGCUGCGGUCCUGCGCCGUCCGCGGCGACGUCGACAGGGCCAUUGGCGUCCUCGACAUGCUCGAGAGGAGCCGCUACGCCUCGGCCGACGGCCAGACGUUCAAGCACCUGAUCCGCACCUUUACCCACGACCCGCAGGUGCUUCCGGACGAAUCGAGCCAGGACGCGGCCGCGAGGAAGCUGCUCGCGUGCAAACAGGUGUUCCAGGAGUUCCGCGAGGCCAGCAAGGGCCCCGACUGGGACCACGACAGCGACGCCGCAGUCUGGCGGGAGCUGAUCGCGGCGUCGUUCCGACUCGGCGACCCCUCUGGCGCCGUCGCUCUUUUUGAGGAGAUCGUUGGCGGCAGCGGCCAGUCGGACUCGCACGUGCCUCCUGCCGACAGUCCGAUGGUUUCGGCCAUGCUGCGCGGCUUCCUUGGGUCCGGUGACCUACCCACCGCCCUCGACUGGUUCUCCAAGAUUGUCUCGGCCAACCAGGACGGUGGCCGGAUGGCGCUGCCGGACCCGCACACCCUCGAGCUGCUGAUGGCGCCGCUUUCGGAGCAACCCGACCUGCUUCCGGUCCUCAACCAGGUCUCGGAUGCCUACGCAAAGGUCAGCAAGGGUCGCGGCUGGAAGGUCGGGCUCGACGUGGUUGCCGGCGUGGUGAACACCAAUUGCCGGGCCGCCGAGGAGCUGCUGAGCUCGGAGCACGCCGACAAGGAAAAGGCAGACGAGUACCUGGAUCGGGCGAUGGAGUUUGUCUCGGAGAUCUACCCGCGCUACAUGGACCACCUCAAGAAGCGCUUUGAGCCAAGCGAGCGGCCGGACGACACGAGGUUCUGCCUGCUCUCGCUCUGUACCCUGUCGGAGCUGCUGGUCCGCACGGGGAGGGUAGUCGACGCCGGCAGCGUCAUGACCUAUUCCGUCAUCUUUCUGGACAAGACCAAGUGGAAGAACGGCACCCUGGACACGGACCUGUGGAACCGCGUGCUGGCCAUCAGCCGUGCUCUCUUCGCCAUCGACGGCAAGCCGCCGGCCGCCCGGUCCGCUCUGCACCUGGUCGCCGCGGCCGAGUUCAUGGCCCCCGUGCUGCGUCGUGCCGACGUUCUCGACGAGACCUACGCCGCCGGCCUGGUCCAGCUGUACCGCCAAGCCUGCAGCGAGGAAGAUGCCAACGCGGUCGUCCGCCUGCCGCUCACCAGCAAGGGCUGGUCGAUGCUGCUCGACGCCUACUGCUUCGAGGAAGCACACCUGCGGCCGCGCGACCCGGAAGCCUUCCACCGCGAUGGCAUCCCGAGGCUCCUCGAUGACCUCGGGCGGCUCCCUCAAAAGGCAUCCCACGCCGACCCCAACAGCCGGCCCACGCUCGACGUCAGCGUCGCCCUGGAUCUCGCCGAGAAGCGGUACGGAACGCAGGCGCUGGCAGCCUUCAAGCCGUGGGCGUUUGACAAGGUCGCUGCCAAGAUGCAGGCCGCAGACUCUCCAGAAGUGACGGAGAGCGAGGCCAGCUCCGUUCAAUAUAGCGAAUCGUCGAGGGCUAGCAGCACCUUCACCCGAGACACCUCGCCCUCUGAUGGCCCGGCACCACUGCAGCGCGACGACCUGCCCAGCGCCGCUGUCGAGUCAGCCGGCUACACGUUCCCCGAUGUCCAGGUGAUCGAUACCGACCUCGGCCACUACCUGACCGACCUCAACAAGGCCGGAUUCUCGCGAUACACCCCGCAGGACGCCUACCGGCGCCUCCAGAAGGAGCUCCAGGUCGGCAACUUUGCCCACCCCGAGGGCCUGGCCGCCCUGAUCGGCGCCUUUGGCCGUGCCGGCAACACCGAAAGGAUCCACGAGCUCUAUGCCAUGGCGCAGCACGUGCUGCAUGCGCUCGGCGGCGACCCGAGCUGGCAGAGGAACGCCUGGUUCCACGUCGAGGACGCCAUGAUCUCGGCCUUUAGCCACGCCGGCAACGUCGACGCCGCCACCGUCCAUCGCCACCGCAUCAUCGCUGCUGGCGGCGCGCCGUCCGCGAGCGCCUAUGCCGCCCUUAUCGCCACCAUUCGGGACACGACCGACGAUGCAUCCAUCGCUCAGGAGCUCUUCGACGAGUCGCGCCGCUUUGGCAUCACGCCCUCUGCCUAUCUGUUCAACACCGUCAUCUCGAAGCUCUCGCGUGCCCGCAAGGCCGAUCGCGCCCUCCAGCUGUUUGACGAAAUGACCAUCAACCACCGCAUCCGGCCCACCAGCGUCACCUACGGCGCCGUGAUCAACGCCUGCACCCGCAUCGGCGACGAGCAGCGCGCGGUCCAGCUCUUUGCCCGGAUGGAGGAUGACCCCUCCUUCAAGCCGCGCGUGCCCCCCUACAACACCAUGAUGCAGUUCUACGUGCAGACGCUCCAAGACCGCGAAAAGGCGCUCGUCUACUACAACAAGAUGGUCGAGGCCGGCGUCGCGCCGAGCUCGCACACGUACAAGCUGAUGCUCGACCUCUACGGAGCCAUCGAGCCCGUCAUGCCUGACGAGCUGGAGUCCACCUUUGAGCAGAUUGUCCAGGACCCCAGCGUCAAGGUGCAGGGCACCCACUGGGCCUCGCUCAUAAUCUGCUACGGCAGCAUGCUCGGCGACCUCGACAAGGCCGUCGCCACGUUUGAGUCGAUCGCCUCGCACCCCUCGACCGUCGCCAGUGGCAGCCGCCUCCCGGACGCCGUCAGCUUCGAGGCCCUGCUCGCCGUCUUUGUCAACCGAGACCGCCCGGACCUGGUCCGCACCCACUUUGCCAAGAUGGUGGGCUCGGGCAUCAAGAUGACGGCCUACAUCGCCAACCUGCUGAUCCGCAGCUACUCAAUCGAGGGUCCCGAGGGCUUGAACGAGGCCAGGCAGAUUUUCGAGAGCAUGAGCGAGCCUGCCGCUGGCGUCGCCGCCCUCGGCAAUCACACUCCUCGAGCCCACGGUGCUGGCGCGCCUGUGCCGCCCGAGCAGCAGCGACCACAGCAGCAGUCGCAGCAGUCUGCCACUACUGACAGCGCGCUGGCCACCGCCGGAACGUCGCCGUUCGCUGCGGUUCACCGCGAGCCGUCGACGUACGAGACCAUGAUCCGCGCCGAAUUGCACCACGGCAAUCGCGACAAGGCCAGUCAGCUCCUUGAGCGCAUGGAGCACCGGGCCUUCCCGCCCGCGCUCCUCGUCCGCGCUGCCAUGCUGAUCUCCGAGGCGCAGGCGCCGACCGACUCUGCCGCGACAGGCGCCGCCUCCACUGUCUUCGACCCAUUGCCGAGCAAGCACUCGUGGGUCCGCCAGUCACCCCGGUCCGGCAAUGUUGGCCUUCCGGGUAGCGCCCACUCUCUCCACACUGCGCACGGUCCCGGACCUGCAGCUUCGGUCCGCCACGCCUCGACCGCCGCCGGCAGUGCCAACGCUCCUGGCACCUCGAACCCGGCGCCUGGUCCUCCGAAGCCCAACAGCCCGUUCACCAUCUUUGACCGCCCCACCAAGACAACGCAAAAGGACCGCGCUGCUGUCCGCAAGGCCGACGACGCAGAUGAGUCGACGCGCGGCGCGGCAUCGCGGCAGACCGACUACGUCCGGCAUGCCAUCGCCGAGUCGCUUGCCGAUCGCGUUGCCGACAUCAAGCGCGACUACCCGACCAUCGUCGAGCUGGGCUCGGGCGCCGGCUUCCUGCGCCACCACCUCGACCCGGAGGCGACCGGCACCAAGAGGAUCAUUAUGUGCGACACGAGCGAGGCGAUGCUGAAGCGGGACGAGCACCUCGACUCGACGUUCCCCUUUGAGUUUGAGCGGCGGGUGAUCGACGAAGAGUCGCUGCCGUUCGAGGAGGCCAGCCUGGACUGCGUCGUCGUCUCGGGCGGCCUGCACUGGACCAACGACCUGCCGGGCGUGCUGAUCCAGAUCCGCAAGGCGCUCAAGCCCGACGGCGUUUUCCUGGCGGGCCUGUGCGGCGGCGACACGCUGUUUGAGCUGCGGACAUCGCUGCAGCUGGCCGAGCAGGAGCGCGAGGGCGGCAUCUCUGCGCGUGUCUCGCCCAUGGCCGACCAGCGCGACAUGGCCUCGCUGCUGCAGCGCGCGGGCUUCACGAUCCCCACGGUCGACGUCGACGAGGUGAGCAUCGGCUACCCGUCGAUGUUUGAGCUCAUGUCCGACCUGCGCGACAUGGGAGAGUCGAACGCCGUCAUCAACCGACGCCCGCACCUGCGCCGCGACACGAUGCUGGCCGCCUCGGCCAUCUACUCGUCGCUGCACGGCAUCCAGGAACACGCCGAGGGCGAGGGCGAGGGCGAGGGCGAGGUCGAGGGCGUGGUGAGCGAGGCCGAGGGCGUACCCGCCACGUUUAGCCUCAUUUUCCUCAUCGGCUGGGCGCCGAGCGAGUCGCAGCCCAAGCCGCUCAAGCGGGGCAGCGCCAAGCACUCCCUCAAGGACGUCCUUGCCGGUCCCGAGGGCGACGUGCAGAAAAAGGUCGAGGAGGAGAUGGAAAGGGAGGAGCAGCAGAGGCUCAUCAAGUCGUUUACGAUGAGCAUCAACGAGACUGGCGGUAGCGGCGGCGGCAAGGGCAAGAAGUGA